CCCCUGCCUCUGUUGCUUUGAUGGAUCACUACCAUCUUACCGUCUUACGUCUUACGUCUUACGUCGUUUGUAAGGUUUUCGGUGUCUGAACCGAGCUUGGAGCGUUUUCAACUCCGUUAGCGAAGACAGCCGGUAGCUGGCUGGGCCAACACGCAGGAUCCUCUGGAUCCUAAGCCUGGCAGGCUAGCUAGCCUGUUGCGAUCAGGCGCAAGGAACCUGACCUGAGGCAUUGGCUGGACUCGACUCGAGGCUAGUCGAUUACACGUCGAUCUUCUAGCGUGCUAUCCUCGCGUCGAGUCACCAGGAACCAUCCGCGUCGUACGGAGUCGUCAACAUUACGCGUCGUAUUUAGAGGAGCCGCCAUGGCGAGAGACCUCCCAGGCUUUUACUACGACGAGGCUGCCAACCGCUACUUCCGACUCCCCAGGAAUGGCGUCCCGCCCUCCUCGUCUCGGUCAGCAGCAGCGGCCGCAAUUGCAGCAGGAGCGGGGGCGAGAGGAGGAGGAAGAGGAAGAAGAGGAGGAGGAGGAGGAGGAGGAGGAGGAGGAGGAGGAGGAGGAGGAAGAGGAGGAAGAGGAGGAGGAGGAAGAGGAGGAGGAGGGGGUGGGGAAAGGUGCGGACGGGAAAGAAUCAGCAAUGGUAGAGUUCAACUCUUGUCCUCGACAUUAGCAGCCUCGGUUGCAUCAUCCUCCCUACAGUACUGCGACGAGCAACCCGGACGAAACUUUCCGGAAGCUGCCGAAAAUGGUCCCACCACCCGCUGCGCUGCCCCAGUGUACCAGCUGCUGCGUGGGAGGGAGACAGGAGCACGCUGCUGCGAGACCUCAGUAGUAUCACAAUCGCUAAGGUCACAGUCUUCACUAGAGUCACAGUCACAGGCAGCGGAAGUGAGGGGGGGAAAACGAGCGCAUCAGCGCCAUGCGCACGAGCAGGAUGGGUCUCGUCGCCCGUGCAUGGUGUGUGAACGGGAUGGCCACAGAGGUCAUAACAACACAUCAGCCCGUUCUAAUAACCACGCUGAUAGUAGCUCUAGCUUCGGCCCACGUUAUCCUCCUCCCCACUGUCCGCGUCUGCAGCACCUGGCGUUGGCUCGGCCGCUGUCCGGACGGGCGUUUGAAGCAGCAGUCCGCGCUACUGGGAUGAGGAGCCCCAAGGUGUGGCAGUAUGAGGCGACUGCAAGGGCAUGUGAUGCUGCCAUGGAUGUGGUGCAUCUGAUGGUGCAAGGGGAGGAGGGCAUGCAUGCUCGCAUGGGCUUGCUGGUGGGCCAUCGAUCUGGGGAUGUCAGCCUUCUGGACCUCGAAGACCCUGAAGACACUCUUUCCCAGCCGCUCACCCCCUCUCGCCCUGGUACGCAGCAGCACCACACGCCCUGGCUGCUCUCCAUGGGCAGCACAAUCUCCAGAGCUGGGCAGCACAUUGAAACUCUCGAGCUGCCCGGGCCUUCCCCCCCUCCUGCGUUCACGAGCUCACACUCGCUCUUCAUGGGGUCCGACAUCACUGCUGUUCGCACCCUGCCUUGGGGUACUGCUGGGGGAACGCGUGAUGUUGCUGGCAGCCGUGCAGUAAUCACUACGCUGGGGACAGGGGGUCAGCAGGCCAGAGUGGUGGUGGCUGCCCUCCACCUCGCAGGUGCUUCUGGUGCAGGCAGAACUGGUGGAGGCUCAGUUGGAGCAGACAGGGGUGCUGGCGGUGCUACUGAUGGUGCGGGUGUGACGAGCAGCAGUGGCAGCGUCAGCAGGGGAAGGAGCAGGCAGCGUCUCGGUUGGCGGACAGAGAGGCAGUUUGUGUCCCAUGGCAGUGUGUGGGCGUGUGUAUGCUCGCCCAGACAGGGGGAGAUCGGACUGGGCACGUCGCAGGGAGCGCAGCUGCUGAACGUGGAGACGGGGCAACGGACAGCCCUGUGCCACAGCAUCAGUGACGUGCUGGCGUUGCAAAUCACGGGGGAGGGCAGCAUCUACUUGGCUGGCUUCCGCAACGGAGCCAUCGCCACCAUUGACACUCGAGCACCGUUGCCCACAUCGUCCCAGCAGCAAGGGCCACAUCAGGGAGUGGCAACUGCCCCUGCCAUUAGCAGCUAUCAGCAGCGGGGGGGGAGGGCAGGAAGGGAGGGGCAGAGGGGUGGCAAGAGGGGAAAGAGCGGUGGAGCGGAGUGGAAUGAUUUCUACUGCAGCCACCAGCGGGUGAUGCGCAUGCCGUCUGCUGUCUCGAGCAUGCAGGCGAUGAAGCAGAGCGAGUUCUAUCUCUUUGCGUCCUCAUUCGAUGGAUCCUUGUUUCAGUGGGAUCUUCGCUCCACAUCAGCACCAGUGCGUCAGCUGCAGGGUCACAGCAACUCGCACCUGCGCCUGCCUCUGCUGCUUGACCCGUCGGAGAACUUUCUUUGUGCACCUGGGGAUGACUCCAUGGUUCGCAUUUGGAGCGUUUCAUCCGCUGCAUUGUUGUCAAUUGCUCAACUCCCAGACAACGCAACCGCUGCCGUUUGGCCAAUCACGUGUGCAUGGCUUUCUUGGCACGGCUUUCCCUUGAAUAAUUCCUAUAAAUGCAGGUCUAGGUAGUGGUUUAUCUGAGUGUCCAGAUGGCCUAUUUCUUGGUACAUAUGAAUCUUUGUGUUUCUUGGACGUUUCUGUGUAGUGUGAAUGUAAAUCAAACAUACCUUCAAUU